AUAAUCCAAUAAUAAAUGCAACAGAACACUUUGAUUGCCUGGAAUGGAUUCCAUGGAAUCAUUUUGAUGUUGUUGAAUAUGCGGGACAAGGAGGAUUUGGCACGGUCUAUUGUGCCUAUUGGAUAGAGGGGCCUAGACGAAUAUGGGACGAAGAGGUGGAAGACUGGUUAAGAAAUGGUCCUACCAAAGUUGCCAUUAAAAAAAUCAAGAAUUCAAAAAAUCUUUCAAAGCUAUACUUGAAUAGGGUCGAAAUAACAAAUUUUUAUUGGCCUAUGGUGUUCAACGUGACUUAUGUGAAAAAAACUGUUUUAGAUUCUCAUAUACCAAAAGUGUAA